CAUAUAGUGGGGUUGCUACAAAUUCAUCAACAAAUGAGACACUUAAUAUUGAUCUUAAAUCUGAUUUUGAUCCCAAAUCUAGUGAUGAUAAUCCAUUUUCAACUUUUUAUACAGCAAUGGAAGCCGCAUAUUUUUGGAUUAGUGGUAAUUGGGCUGAAAAAGAUAAUUUUAUUAAUUGGGCUGUUGAUGUAUUCACUUUUAUUGGCAGCAUAUUUCUUGUAAUCGUUAUACAAAACGUGAUGAUUGCUUAUAUAAGUAAUGUAUAUGAAGGCGUCGUAGCUAAAAGUAGACAAAUUUCAUUAAAAUUUCAGGCAAAUUUUAUAGCAGAUUAUGAAGCAUUACAUCUUAUUCAUUUUUCAAAAUCUGAACCUGAAUCAA